ACCAGCAGCGCACCGUGCAGCUUCACACACUGUAAAGCGAAAGGAGGAGGAGAGAAAGAGAGGGAAACUGACUGACGGACCCUUUUUUUUAACGGCGUUUCGGUAAAAAUAAGGAAACACUUUGCCGGCUGGAAAUUCUCAGGAAUGGAGGAACCCCCAGUCAAGCCUUCUGUUUCCAAGCUGGCAGAGAAGUUCAAAGGUCAACCUUUCCCGAUACCCAGCAGACAUGAAGAGAAGCCCGCCGUCGGAUCCACCCAGGCAUCCAAGAGCAGGAACCGCAACUCGGCUCUCAUUGAGAAGCUACAGGCCAACCUCUCCUUGUCCCCAACAUCCCUGCUGCCUUUGACCCGGAACCCUGAGGCGAAGCUGCAGCCCAAGCCACCCGGCACCACUCCCCCUGUCACCCCUCCGCUGACACCGACGUCCCCCCCACAGCCCACCAGCGAAGAGGAGGCGCCUACCGGCUUCGAGACGCCCGCCGAGGGGUCGGUGCUUCCCAGCUUCAACAAGGGACGACCCCGGCUGUCGUUCAAGCGGCGCCCACCCACGCGACAGCACAGGAAGUCCUGCAAUGAGGAGGUGCUGCCAGCAGAGGAUGGCACCGCCGUCAAUUCGCCAGAUGCCUCGAUGGCCGGAGGUGGCCAGGGAGCGGCUGCAGAGGCUGCAGAGGCUGCAGGGGAGCACCACGAUGGUGUUUCCCCUGGCCCUGCCCUCACUCUAAGCCCUGCCCCGGCUGCCGAAACAGGCGGCGACGGGGACAGCGCGGAGAAAGAGGCGGCAGUGCAGGAGGAAGAUGAUGUCUUUGCUGUGGAAAGCACCGCGAAGGAGGGAAGUGCUGGGAAGGAGGCUCCGGAAGAGCCGCUGCCAGCCGCUGCUCAGGAACCACAGCGAAACACCCAGUGUGGAGAAACAGCAGAGGCCAAGGGGAACCAGCCUAGGAGCCCAGGAGAUUGAAGUGGAUCAUGGGAUUAGAGUGGCUUGAUGAAACCCAAAGCCUGUAUCAUCACGGGUCCACCAGCUCAGUCAUGCUGAGUCUCUGGCCACCCAUCACCCCAUCACUGCCCACACACACGGAAGCAGAGAUCGGACAUUUGACCCCUGCUUUUGGCAGAGGCUACUUCUGACCUCCUGUUUGCGACAGUUUCAUUCCUGCUCUUUUAAUUGCGUUUUACUUAUUAUUUUGAAAAGAAGCCACCACUGCACGGGAUGUUUGGACGUGAAAACUUUUCCGGGAAACUUCAGUACCCAGCCGUGCCUGCGGCCGUGGUUCAGUAUUAUUUCACCGUUAGCAAAGCAAAGCAGACUUUUCUCUUCCAUAUUCGAAAUCCUUAGAACAACGGACUUCUUUUAAAUGUAUUGUGAAAUAUAAAGAGGUGACAACUUCUGCGACAGCAGAGUGCUUUGAGUGAGCGGAUGUCUCGGAAGAAAUCGAAAUACCUGCACAGCAGUGGAGACUUACCCUCCAAACAGUGUUUGGAGACAAUGCGCUGAGUGACAACUGCAGCGUCAUGCUGCUCCAGCAGGGUGCGGAAGUGUAUCGCUUUGUUCACGGACCAGCGCUUGACGUUUUCCUCCAUUUUGCAGAGGGGCUGCUGUCAUACAAAAUGUGUUAUAUAGAGUCAAAGAAAGUUUAUUCUAUUUUUAGAGUAUAUGCAAAAAAAAAAAAGAGAAAAAAAUUUAAAAGUGUUAACGUUGGAGAUUACAAGGCGAAGCUAAAAAGACCAAAGGAAUUUUAAAGAAAUCACAGUUUCAUAAUAAAGCCAUGUUCAGCUGGGUGAGAGCCACGCGCUCGGCUCGGCUCAGCUUAGCCGGCGUCUGUGGCGUCACGUGGUAAAGCUGUCACGCUGUGGUUAGGAUUAUGGGUUUGUCCUAACCCUAACCCUCAGCAAGAAUCAUGACAAGUGGAGCUCCCCGGUGUGACACUCAGCAGGCGUUGCUGCGAUGCGCUACGAAAUGACACACCUGAUGAAAUGGCAGGUGCCGCCAGCUUGCUGAAAACAUUUCCUGUGACACUCGGAGGAAAUUAACCCGCGAGCUGUACUGCUCACCCUCUGAAACCACUUUAGCUGUAUCGUUACACAUCAACCCAACAUUUGACACCUGCAGUUUUUAAUUCUGCUUCAGCACCAGCAGAAAAUACUUCUGCAGUUGCGAAACAUCGGCAGCAUUGCUGUACGCAGUCCUUUCGUAUUCUUGUCUUUCUCAAAGUUGUUUGAGGCUCGGCAUUAUAGCCAUUAAGGACGAGAGCAGUGUUGCGACUAAAUCCGACAUGCAUUUCUCUUGCCAUGUAAAUGUUUGCAACAUUCAGUGCAGUGAAGUGGAAUUAUGAUUACAAGAAUCAUGAUGGCUCAAUAUGUUAGUAAACACAGACUGAGUUUUGUAUUGCAGUGAUACUGGUAAUGCACAGAAACACACUAGAGCAGUCAGCGUAUGGCUUUGUGUAUAGGUACAAUGGUGAAGGAAAUAGCCAAAUGUCCCGGAGUUUUCACGUGUUAUGAAAAUGUGUUUGUGUUAAUUUGGCCGUAUGUUCCAGAGCAAUGCAGAAGAAAAUGGAAUAUUUUUGAGGUCUUUUGUUGUUAUCCAGUUGUUUUUCCCUUGACAGAAUGGAAAAAGGAGGCUGCAGUAACACAGUUUUGCCACCAGGGGCAGGCGAUUACUUGAAGCCAUUGGGGUUUGUCAUGGUUCCAAGCCAUGGGUUUUCUAACCACUGUAUACACAGGCUACUGAAAAUAAUUCAUUCAGAAUGUAGA